AUGUACUGCACCCACUUAAUGACGCUGCAGCUGGUCGUCAUGGCAACGCUGUGGGUGACACCAGUGAGAGCGGGGACAGACUGCAUGUAUGGCUGCCGACUAAACAACAUGACCAUCACCGUGGAGAGAGAGGACUGUCACGGAAGCAUCACCAUCACCACCUGCGCCGGCCUGUGCGAAACGACGGAUCUGAACUAUCAGAGCACAUGGCUGCCGCACUCCCAGGGGGCAUGUAACUUCAAGGAGUGGUCCUACGAGAAGGUCUACCUGGAAGGCUGUCCAUCCGGAGUCGACCCCUUCUUCAUACCCGUAGCCAAGAGCUGCGAUUGCAUCAAAUGCAAGACGGACAACACCGACUGUGAUCGCAUAAGCAUGGCAACACCCAGCUGCGUAGUAAACCCACUAGAAAUGUAA